AUGGAUCCCGACUCCACUGCCUACUACGUGAUUGAAGUAAAUGCACGUCUUUCUCGCAGUUCCGCCUUAGCAAGCAAAGCGACUGGCUAUCCACUUGCCUACGUAGCUGCCAAGCUCAGCCUUGGCUGCCGAUUGACAGAGAUGACCAAUAUAGUAACGGGGCACGCUACCACAGCUUGUUUCGAGCCAAGCCUCGACUACUGUGUAGUCAAGAUGCCCCGUUGGGAUCUGGAGAAAUUCUCUCGAGUGAGUAGAAAAAUAGGCAGCUCCAUGAAGAGUGUUGGCGAAGUGAUGGCAAUCGGACGUUGUUUCGAGGAGGCCGUUCAGAAGGCUCUUCGAAUGGUCAGCGACCGAUAUCCGGGCUUCCAGCCCCUUGACCGUCGCCUCAAUUCCACUCGUUCUUCAUUCCACCGUGUCGACUCAUUGACUGACAGCGAAGAAGGUUUGGCUACCGAACUGGCUGAACCCACAGAUGAGCGUAUCUUUCUGUUAGCCAAGGCUAUCAAGUCAAAAUGGCCAUUGAAGCGACUAUAUCAGCUGACAAAUAUUGAUCUCUGGUUUCUGCAACGCUUUUCACUCAUUAUUGACUGUCUCAAACAGUUAGAGGAGGUCCCUGACGGAGCACUUACUAUUUGCUUACGUGUGCUAGGGGCCUGUAGUGCAACUACCAUCAUACCAGAUGAUACUGAAGCAUAUCCUGCCGAUAUUGGCCAG